GCCAAUGGGCGCGGGGGGGCGUGGCCGCCGUUCCAGAGAGUUCCGAGGAGGCGGCUCCGUUCCUCUUCCCUCAGGGGCAUAAUUCUGCCCCAGAUGAUUUGGUGGAUAUCCAACUGCCGGAAGGGGAAACAGCUACGUGUGACCUGUGAUUCUUUGCUUGGUGCCCCGGUGGGCCCUAGGGCAGGCCCUCAGUUUUAGCAGCCCCCUCCAGAGGAAAGAUGGUGAAGGAAACGGGGUACUAUGACCUGCUGGGGGUCAAGCCGUGCGCAACGAUGGAGGAGAUCAAGCGGGCAUACCGGCGGCUGGCGCUGAGAUACCAUCCAGACAAGAACCCCAGCGAGGGGGAGCGGUUCAAGCAGAUCUCGCAGGCGUACGAGGUCCUCUCAGACCCCGGCAAGAGGUCCCUCUAUGACCGAGGCGGGGAGCGGGCCAUGAAGGAGGGCGGCAUGGCCAGCCGAGGUGGCUUUGGGCCCCCGAUGGACAUCUUUGACUUGUUCUUCGGAGGAGGGGGCCGCGCUCACGGCCCCCGGGUGGAAAGGAGAGGCAAAACGGCUGUCCAUCUGCUGUCCGUGACCCUGGAGGACCUGUACAGCGGAGCCACGCGGAAGCUCUCCCUGCAGAAGAAUGUCAUCUGCCGGAGCUGCGGGGGCCGCGGUGGCAGGGAGGGCCUUGACGUAAGAUGCCCCAAGUGCCACGGGUCCGGCAUGGAGGUCAUUGUUCACCAGCUGGGGCCGAACGUGGUCCACCACAUCCAGACCAUGUGCUCGCAGUGCCAGGGCCAUGGAGAAUGGAUGCGGCCCCUUGACCGCUGCCUUGCCUGCAACGGCCGGAAGGUGGUCCGGGAAAAGAAGAUUCUCACCGUGCACCUGGACAAAGGCAUGGCAGACAGGCAGAAGAUCACCUUCCACCAGGAAGGGGACCAGGCGCCCGGCUUUGAGCCCGGAGACAUCGUGAUCGUCCUGGACCAGAAGCAGCACCCCGUCUUCCAGCGCAGGGGCAACGACCUCAUCGUCCGGCGGGAAGUGCCGCUGGUGGACGCCUUGUGCGGCUGCAAGCAGGUCAUCCAAACCCUGGACAACCGGAGGCUCCUGGUCUCUUCCCAGCCCGGGUGCGUGAUCAAGCCUGGCGACGUCCGGUGCAUCCCAAACGAAGGGAUGCCCGUCUACCGCAGCCCUGCCCAGAAGGGGAAGCUGGUCAUUCACUUUGAGGUGAAGUUCCCGGACCCCGGCUGGCUGCCCCUCCACCAGCUGCGCCAGUUCCAGGCCUUUUUCCCCGGCCGCGAGGAGGUCAUGGCUACCGAAGACAUGGAGGAGGUGGAGCUGCGCGAGUAUUUCCCCCAGCCGGACUUCGGCGGGCGGCACUUCCACAGCGAGGCCUAUCACGAAGACGACUCGGAGGAUCCCCUGCGGCACAACGUCCAGUGCCAGACCUCGUAGCCCGACAGACAGAGCCCGCGUCGCCUUGCUGGGGUGGGAAGCCCAGGAGGCGUUAAAAAAUGCCAAGGGCCGGGGAGCCCACCCGGUCGCAAAAGGUUCCUCCUUUGGCUGCGGGUCCCCUGACCCCCCCGCCGGAGGUUGGCUGCAUCUAUAACCCUCUGUUUAGCUUGGGGGCCUUGGGCCCCACAAGCACUCCGGUCUAGAAAUCAACCUGGGAGCCUCACCCCGGACGUUUCUCCCGUCCUGCCCGGCUGCCCUGGGCCUCCCCUGGCUUGCCAGUUUUGGACGCCGCCACUGGUGUCUUUCCAGGGGAACCGCAACCCUGAAUGAGAAACGAGGUAUUUGGGCACCCAUCUCCACC